AUGCUUCCCUAUCAUCGACCAAAAGUUCUUUUCUCUGUCUUUCUUGUCCUUAUACUGCUUAUGGUGUCUAGCUACCUCGCAGUACCCUUUUUGUUUAACUAUUUCGCAUCUUGCGACCAGCACACAUGGUCUUGCAGCCUCCGUCAGCACUUUCUACCCGUGUCCUCAAUUUACGGUGAGGAUGUUGAACCGAUCUUGUUAUGGACGCGCUGGUUCGGAGAUUCCCGGUCAUGGUUGGAAGGCAAGACUCUUCGCGGGAGUAAUGAGAACCAUAAAUGCGUGGUUACGUAUUAUAGAGCCGCCGGCGCUAUGGCCAAAUUGGUGUUAUUUCACAGGCCCGAUUUGAAUGCGAACGACCUCCCAACCAAGCGGGACGGUCAGAUGUGGGUACUGUAUAGUAGUGAGGCUUUAACCACAUACACAGGAAAGCAUGCGAAAAAGCUGGAGGCUUUGUAUCCGUACUUUAAUUACAGUCUCAACUACCGCCUGGACUCGAAUUUUCCAUUCAUUUACUACGACACCAAGAUCAUGGAACAGUUAUCAAAACCUCCCUCUUCAUUUUCACCUGAUAUCGAGCCGGUAGCAUGGAUAGGAAGCAACUGUGAUGCGCGAAACGGACGACACUUUUACAUAAAAGAGCUUAUGAAACAUAUUCCAGUUGCAAGUUAUGGCUCGUGUCUGAACAACAAGCCUUCAGUACCGCGAGACCAAACCGUCGAUUAUAUAUCUCGUCAUCCUUUUUACCUGGCGUUUGAAAAUUCAAAUUGUGACUACUAUGUUACUGAAAAACUCCAGAAUUGUUUCGAGGCUGGAAUUGUUCCUAUCGUAGCGGGACCUAAAAAUUACACACCAUUUAUUCCUACGCCUCAUUCCGUCAUCUUCAUCGAUGAUUUCAGGGACCCAAGAGAUCUUGCUAAACACUUGUAUUUUCUUCUCGAACGACCUGAAGAAUAUCAAAAAUAUAUGGACUUUCGAUUCAAUCCACAAUUGAUAUCAGAAGAGUUUCGAAAGAAUUGGGAUGGUCCUAACGGAUGGAACCGCUAUGUCGGGCUCCGUCGGUUGUGUGAUACGGCUUGGAUGCUCAAAACUGGGAAUUUGACUUCCGACAAUCCAGAAGAAGAUUGGAUGAUGCCCAGGGUCGUGGAAGCAGAUUCUUCAUGCGAAGAGACCAUUGGCAAGUACGCGUAUGUUAAAGAAUUGUCAGAUUAA